AUGUAAAAGACCACUUUAGUCAAUUUCUUACAUAAUGGAUCUAAUUUUUAUCCUUUUGGAGAUAAACCUGAAAAAUUGAAUUCUACUGAAGGUAGAUUUGUACCAUUUAUAUUUGAAAGAAAUCAAGUUGGAAAAUUAGCUAAUGCUGAAAUUUAUAAUCUUAAUUCAAAUCAAAAAAGAAUUAAACAAAGAACAAGUGAAUAAACAAAUUCAUUACUUGCAGACACUAUUAUUAAAUCAAAAUUACAUACUGAAUAAGACACACCAAAAUAUGAUCCAAUCACAAAGUAUAUGACAUUAAUACCAACACACCAUUAAAUUGAUGAUCUACAUAAAACAAUAGAUAUUAAAUCAUAUACUCUUAAUCAUACUUCUGUUGAAAGAGGGUUAUAAAUGAGGAAAUAAUAGAAAGGCUUAAAUCACAAACAUUAAUUAAUUAGUAGAAGUACUAAGACUCUUGCAUCUCAGAUUCCUGCAAUAGGAAUUUAUAAUCCAAUACCAAUUAAUAGACAUUUACCAAAUAUUUAAAUUAAAUCAAAAUCAAUCCAAAAACUACCUGAAAUUUGGGAACAUACAACUUAAGUUACAACUCCCAAAAUUAAUAUUAAAAAUAGUGAAUCUGAAAUGAUGUUUGCUAAAUAAAUAGCAUAAAUCAAUAGAGAAGUUGACUCAGAAAUGAAAAGAAAUCCUAAUUAAAAAUUCUCAACAUUAUAAUUUGAUGUGCAUGAAAAUAUGAAUUUAGAAGAAGCUGAAUAAAUGAGAAAUAGAAUGAAACAAUAUUUUUAAAGUGUUAAAGAUAGUCUAACUAAAAUUAAGAAUCUCAUUAAUGUUAAACGUUGA